AUGCGACGAACGCUCCGGAGAUCUUGUGCUGCAUGCGCGAAAUCGAAACACAGCUGUGACCUGCGUACACCACGUUGUUCUCGUUGCAUUAAACGCAAGAUCCAAUGCAACUAUGCAAACGAGCCGUGGACCCCCCCGGCACGACCUGCCCAGGAGCUAAUCCGAACAAGCUAUACUUUCGGAUCUCUGGAUCCUUUUGAUUCGUAUCCGCAGACGAGACUUCCGAGGGAACAUAUUCAGAGAUUGAUUCAUAGCUUUCACCAGAAAAUUGCUUUUCAAUAUUACCCUCUUGAUUUGAGCCCAAAUUCUAAUCCAUUUCUCGUCUCCUGGUGGCCACUCGCUCUUGGUGAUCCAGCUUUGUUUCAUGUCUCAUUGCAAACAGCAUGUCUCGACGACGAGCUGCUAGCCCAGAAAGGGUUUCAGGCUUCCGAAAUUUUGAUGGCUGAUUCGGUGGCCCUGUUGAGACGUAAAGUGGAAAACGUCUCACUAGCUGUUCAGGAUGGAACCAUGAACUCAGUUAUUACCUUAGCAGCUAUCGAGUUCGGUAAAGGCAACAUUAAGACAAGCCAAAUGCAUGUCGAUGGAGUCAAAAGACUUGUAAGUAUGAGAGGCGGUAUCAGUUCCGUCAGGCAGACAAGUCCUCUGACUGCGAGAAUGGUUCCCUGGGUAUCCAUGCUCGUGAUGGGCCAUCCUCAGUUCGAGACACAAGAUGAUCUCGGUUUUGGACACGGUAUACCUCCAAUAUCUGAAUGGCAGCUGGAGUUUGAUACGGCCCAAGAUGAUAUCCCAGAACUUACAAGUGCUGAAGUUGAUUACGAAGUCCGAAAUGUAUUCUUUCGUCUUCGAAAUAUUUUUAAGCGAGCGGACCAAGUCCCUUUCCCAACCACACAGCUUCAUGACCUUACUUGUUUUGUAGUACAUCGACUCCUACUCACAAUUCCUAGUGCUGGAGACUCUCAUCUGUCGCCGAUUACCGAAUGCGUUCGAUAUGGUAUCAUACUUUACAUGUUCAUCAUUCAUGGUCCAACAUACUACUCACAUGCGGUGAUUUUGAACACGAUGAUCAUCCGAUUUAUGCAGUAUCUGAAAUAUCUUGACCCAACAUCUGGCAAGGACUCUUUCCUCGAUGUAUGGCUCGUUGCUGUUGGAAUGGUGUCCUCGACUGGCACCGCUCAUCACCAGUGGUUCGUAGAAAGAGCAAAAGUUGUCGCAGCAUCAGUGCCACUGGGUGACUGGGAUCAAGCUCUGAUUCGAAUCAAACGUAUCCUAUGGCUCGAGACUCCACAAGGCGAAGAUAUUUUCCGACCGCAUUGGGACGCCAUAUUCGGGACGAAUAGUCAUCCAGGAUCGCCAGACACGAAUGCUUAUGGCUCACCUAGCAUUACUGGAACCGUAUUACUGCGGAACACGGUCUCGCCGGCGAGAUUGUUGCCUGGCAGACUUGAGUCAGCUAUACAGAUGGAAGGCAAUCAAACAUGA